CUUCAGAUGUCUGGUGUAUUCUUAAAGCAUAGUGAGCUUUGUAAGAAGCUCACAUGAAAACCAGUGAGAGGUACUGGCUAACCAUAAAAAUAAAAGAAUGGACUUGGUUUUCAUCAGCUGUGGAUUUUUCUCUUCUUUAAUAUGUGCAGGAAACUCUGUGUUUGAAAUUAUGCCUUUAAAAAUCUUACCCCUGAUGACUCAACUAAACUUGCUCAUUACGUGCUUCUGGUAGUCAUAAUGUCAUUCCACUUCCCCAUUUCACACAGUUUUCUCUUUAGUUUUUCACUCUUGGUUUCAGCUGCACUGUCUGGGGAAAAUGUAACAACAAAAGCAGGAAUUCUUUUUCUUAACAAAAUUUAUUGUGAUGAUAAAUGACAGUGCUGCAGCAGAAUUAACAAAGGUUGCAGAGAAUUUGAUAAAUAGCAGAACUUUCCCCGAAGACAUGUGACUGAUGAUGACUGUGCUGAAUUUUCUUCCUCUUUCUCCCAAGUGAAGUUUUAUACCAUCAAAUACUGAGCAAAAAAAAGUAACUAUGUUUGGACUCCUCUUUUUCAUUUUAUUUACCCCUGGAGUCAGUGAAUUAAUUUGUACAUCAUCAGAUCUUGAAAUGUCGUAUACUUUUUGUGAUUCUACAGCUCAUUCUUUCAAGUUUAAUCUGACACCUUGCAGCACAAGGAACAAACCUGUCUGGAAGGCUGCUCUUACCUGGAUUCCAAGAAGUGACAUUCACUUUUUGAAGAUUGUCUUCAAUGUCUGGUAUGAUGGUGCCAAAGCACUCCUCUGGAAGGAGCUCCUCUGCAGCGGAGCUGACGAUGAAUACUCACUGUGCGGAACGCUGAAAGGAGAAACACUUGACUCAGCAUUUGACAUUAAAGGCUCAAGAUUAGAAUUUCCAAAGGGCGAUUAUAGUAUUGUUGUGCAAGGAUUCUCUGAUGAUUCUGAGAAUAAUAUGCUCAUAUGCUUGAAUUUUACCAUGAUAGUGAAAUAAGAUGCUUUCUGAGUGCAACAAACUUCUCAAAUAAUUCCAGAAUAUGGAGGUCACUUCUGUGAGCGACUGGGAUCCAAGCUGUGAAGUAAUAUGCACACUGAACUUCCUGAGGCAGAACACAUCAUGUGCUGUCUGGGAAGCUAUAAAAUAUAGUCUUUCUCAUUUGUAGCACAGUCAUAAUCAGUUGCUCAGCCAAUGUGCCCAAAAUUUCUGGGAAUCAGGCAUCCUGAUUAAUCCAUGGAAUUACCCUGACUGGAUGGCAGGCUGGUCCUGCAUUUUGGUGCUGUGCCUUGAGUUACAAUAAAGUUGAGUGCUUCAGGCUGAGCUAAAGUAAUCAAGAAGUUUUGAAAUUUUGAAGUGCCAGAAUCAAAAGUUCAUCAGUAUUCAAUUUAAAACAACACAGCAAUUGAAUUUGGGAACCCUGCUGUGAGGUGGUGGGGGAUGUUUUUUUGGU